GCUAGUACAUAGUUAACACUACAGUCUAUUCAGUACCUUCUUAUCUAGUGUAAAGAAAAUAUAUAAAUAAUCAGCAAGAUCUUUCCAAUAUUUUUCCAACAUGGAUAUAGCAAAGGAAUUAGUAUUAAAUUUAAAACAAAGUAAAAUAUCACAUGCAGGAUAUGGUUUACAAAAAGAAUGUGAAGCUCUUAUAGAUCAUAUUUUACAAAACAUGGUAAAAUCCCAAUUACCAGAAUUAAUUCCUGAAAUAAAAAAUGAAGAAGAUUCUAUUCAUUAUAGAGAGGAAGGAAACCAACAUUUUGUAAUGGGUGAUGAUAAUGAAGCUAUAAAAUAUUAUACAAUGAGUUUGGCAUAUGCCACUGAUAAUGAACUUAUGUCGUACGCUUAUGCUAAUCGGUCUGCUGCUUUGUAUAGAAAACAAAUGUUCAAAGAAUGUUUAAUAGAUAUUGAUGCUGCUUUAAGUCUUGGAUAUCCAGAAGAAAAAAGGAAAAAAUUGGAAGAGAGAGGAGCCAAAGCCAUUGAAGAAAUUAAGAAAAGACUGCAACUUGCAAAAGAUCACAUUGAUAUAGAAACGCUUGCAGAUAUGUGUUUAUUAGAAAAACAAAAUGAAGAACCUACAGUUGUAAAAUAUAGAAAUGGAAAGGUGAAACUCUCUGAAGACAUGAGUAAUAGUUUCAACAUUAAUGAAAAGAAAGAUUCAAGCAAUGAAGUGUCGAAAGAUAAUGACAAAGAAAAACGGCCAAGAUACUUAGCUGAUGAAGGUGCUCUAAAGUUAGCUCAUGGUCCAAGUAAAGAGACACCUACUGUUAGUAAUGGUAUCAAGAUUUCCUUUUCUGAAAAAUAUGGACGUCAUUUAGUAGCUACAAAAGAAUUUAAAGCAGGGGAUAUAGUUACUAUAGAAAAUCCAUAUGCUUAUAUUAUUUAUACGCAAAGAUAUUAUACACACUGUCAUCACUGUUUAUCAAGAAGUUAUAAUUUAAUUCCUUGCCCAUACUGCCCUGUUUCUCAAUAUUGUUCAGAAAACUGUAGAAAAUUAGCUUGGGAAAUGGCUCAUCAAAUAGAAUGUCCAAUUAUGGCAUUAGUAGGAAACUUACUUAAUGUUGAUAAGGAUAAAAUACGAAUGCUUACCAAAAUUAUUAGAUUUUUAAUUGUAGUAACAUCAAAAGGCAAAAAUUUUAAUGAACUGCGUAUGGACAUGGAAGUAGCUGAAUCUAAUCCAGACAACAGAACUGCAGGAUUUACCGAUGAAGGCAUAUUGGACAGUACUAGUGCACGAUCUGCUUUAAGUCUUGCUACCAAUAUGACAACGCGACCACUUAUUGGGAUUAGUGCUUUUGCUUGCAUCUCAGCUCUAGCGGCUCUCCUCUUAGCCACACAGACUAAUUUUUUCUGUAAUAAAUAUGAAGUGGAUCAAUUAAAAAAUAUCAGCAACUAUCCAAACAUCAUAUUUUCUGGCAGCCUCAUGUUUCGUGCCUGUGUUAUAAUGUCUUCCAAUUGUUUUUCAGUGCAACAAGAGCCAGGAAUUAAAACAGGUUCAGGAUUAUAUGUAGCACACAGCUUGUACAAUCAUUCUUGUGCGCCAAAUACAUUUCGUCAUUUUGAAGGAUUGACAAUGAUUACUCGCGCUCUAAGACCAAUAUAUCCUGGAGAUCAAAUAUUCACAAGUUAUGGUGCUGCAUACGCAUACAUGACAAAAUCUGAAAGAAGAGAAAAGAUAAUGCAAGACUAUUUCUUUAAAUGCGAUUGUAUCGCGUGCGCAUUUAACUGGCCUUUGUACGAAGAAAUUUUACAAAAACACAUUGGUUCUAUUAGUAAAAAUAAGGAACUUGUAGAAAGAUUAAAACUUUACAAACAAAGAUUGAUGAAAAAUAUGUAUGACAUUGAUGCAGUAAAAUCUGUUCUUGAUAUAUUAUAUAAAGAGGUGUCCCAGCCAUGUGAAGAAAUCGUACAUGCGGAACAAUACCUGAAGAGUUAUUAUUUAGAUCCAUAAGAGAAGCAUCAACAUUGUAUUACAUUAUUAAUGAAAGACAUGAAAUAUUCCUAAAAACAUUUUAUUGAAGUUAUACAUGAUAUUUAUCUAAUUCCUAAGAAAAUGUGCAUAGCUUCUUAUACACAAUACAUUUGUGUAAAUAUUCAAACUAGAAAUAUAUAUAAUAUAUAAAUUUGAAAAAAUGUACCACAGAUAAUGAAAUUAUUGAGUAAACAAAAUUAAAUAAUCUCCACCAUAAUGUGGAUGUAUUUUCAACAAUGCAAUUCAAAGAGAAAUUGAUAUAUUGCGUUUCUUACAUAAUUUAUCAUAAAAAUCAAAUACUUUAUAUUCAUAUAUAUAAUAUAUUUUUACAUUAAACAAAACAGAUAAGAUUCGAGAAUUUUGAAAGAUUCAAGCCUAAAUGAUUUCUUGCUAAUCUGAUUUUCAUCCGUAAUUAUUUUAUGAAACUAAUAAAAACAGCAAAAGCAAUAGAAACAAUCAUGGCAAUUGAUUAA